AUGGUACUUGAUGGAUUGGGUGUUCCAUUUAAAGCAAUUGACAUAACAUUACGGGGUAACGAGCAGUAUCGAGACUUUAUGCGGCAAAAUGCCCUGAAUGAACGAUGCGAUGGAAUUCCAUUACCACCUCAGUUUUUCGUUGAUGAUGAAUAUUUGGGAAAUUAUAUGGAUUUUGAGGAAGCAGUCGAAGACAAUCAGUUACCAGAAUUUCUUCGCUUGAUACCUUCAUCAACAGUGAGUUUUGCUUUUAAACAUCCAAAACUUUGCUUUGAGGAUGAGGACGAUGAUGAAGGGGAAGAUGAAGAAAAUGAAGAAGAGGGGACAAGUGAAGAUGAGAUAUUCGAGAAAUACGACGAUAACUAUGAUGAGGAGGAGGAGGAUGAACAGGAAGGAGAUGAGGAGGGACUGGCUGAUGAAGAGACUGAAGAUGACAGUGGGGAUGUAUCAAGUGGUUUAGGUAGUUCAAAUAAUAAAGCUGUUUCUAGAGAAGUUUCAGAAAAUGGUAAAGUAAUAGGUAGUGAUAUUGAAGAAGAAAAAGAGAAAGAUAAGAUAAGAAGUGAAGAAAGCACGGAAGAAAAUGAGGAUGAACAAGAGGAUGAACAAGAAGUAGAAUUGGAAGAUGAAGAUGAAGUAGAGUUGGAGGAUGAAGAUUUUGAGGAUGAAGAUGAAAUUGAAUGA